GACAAUAUCCACUACCAGUGCAAGAUCGUAGUUGCUGCAAAGAGGAUAUAGAAUAGUUUGUCCGACCUCUUUAUUCGUCAGGAGUUGAUCCUGACAUCUCAGUAAACUUUGGUAGUUACGAGCACGCAUUUCUAAACUCGAAUUCAUUUUCAACAUUGAUGCGGAAUGGGUGACUUCAAUGAAACGUUUUUGUAUCACUACACCAACGUAUAUGCAUACUCGAAAAUUUUGCGUGACGAAAAAAUAUUGAAAUCUUCAAAAGAUCGUGACGGGACAAAUCACCGCUACGGAUCUGGUGUCUACCUAACUUCGCUUAAACCUAAUACUGGGCGUGGUAAAAUCAAAAAAAAUAAUCUCGAUGGGGUUGCUCAUAAACGAAAAUAUGCCAACAAGACACAAGAAUGCUAUUUCAAAUUCAAAAAGAUAGACCUUCUUGGCGUGAAGUAUGUCUCAACGAAAGGAGGUCGAGAUGUUUGGCGUUUUCCUAAUGACAUCAACCUAAGCACGAUUUCAUUUUACCAUGGAUAUACUGAUGAGCCUGAGUCUGAGACAUAUCAACCAAAAGAUUCGUCAUCCGAUUUUUAUUAUUAUGACGAUUAUGAAGACUAUAGUUUUUCAUAUCCUCAUCCGAAAGGAAAUUACGUUUUUGAACCCCCACGGAAACGGCAGGAAUCGGAGACCACUGGAUUGGGAUUUAUAGCUGGAACAGUCGCCGUUUUAGCUGUUGGAAUAGCUGCUUUUCGCCUUUUUGCCGCAGUGCGUCGAGCAAAUUGAAAUAACUGAUAGUUACACUACAAUGCGAAAGAUGUAUUCUUAGUGUAUAUUUUUGCACGUUAUUCUUCAAACAUUUUUACAUACUAUAUGAGUUUUCCGUGUAGGCCAAAAUAGUGUCAUUUGGCUUUAGAUAGCGUUAUCUAAAAAGCAUUUCAUAAUACUUCCAGACCAGACUAUGUUUUUUUCAUUAAGAAAAAACAUAAUGUAUAUGCUGUCAUAACAAUUGGGUUUGUAAAAAGAAUAUUCAG